CGACAUUAACAAGAAACCUUUUCUGGACUGGCACUAAGUGGUAAAAAUAUGCCCACCACCAAGCCCACCAAGCCCAUGGUCCAAAAAUACAAAACCUACGGAACAUACACUUCCUACUCGCUCCCACUCCCAACGACAACCCCCCGUGUUCCCUCGCUCCUCACCAACCAUUUUUGGGUCCUCGUUACAUUCGUAACGGCAUGUAUGGUGUAUUGGUCUGCAACAAGGGUUGUGGAUACUGUUCUCCCGUUUUCGGUUUGGGGGUUUUUGGGUGAGGUGAAGGAGGAAGGGCUGGGCAAAAAGGUGAAUGUGGAACUGUUUGUUAUGGCAAAGUGCCCUGAUGCAGUGUUUUGUGAAGGGGUCUUUGCUAAUGUUUUACUUGAAGUAUCAUCCAUAACCCAUUUUACGACCCACUACCUUGCCAGUCGCAAUACGACGUCGUCAACAGGUUUAACAUGUAAACACGGACCAUCAGAAUGUCAAGGCACGCUCCAACAACUCUGCAUACGACACCUGCACCCUGAUCCAAAAAUAUGGUUUAAUUACAUAUUGUGUACCAAUCGGGAUUAUCGCGCCAUACCGGAUCGAGAGCGUGCAGAGGUGUGUGCGAGAGCUGUUGGCGUAGAGUAUGAGGAAUUGGAGGGGUGUGUGGAGAGCAAGGGAAGGGAAUUGGCGUGGAAGGAUGUGAAGGUGGCGAAGGAGCGGGGUGUCUCGAGAUCGUGUACGGUUCAUGUGAAUGGAAAACACCGGUGUACGCAUGAUGGAGGUGAAUGGUAUGAUUGUCCUGGUGGGCAUGCGGUUGAGGAUUUCGUAAAGAGUGUAUGUGAGGCGUAUGAAGGGGAAAAGCCCCGGGCGUGUAGGGAGGUGUGAAUCAGUGCGGUAAAUAUUCUUUAUGCACUUGUUAGGUAGAAGGAUAGUUCAGAAAUGCAUAUUGAGUAGGCGAUUGAAAAUGGCACUAGGACUCAUUAUUAUCCGGAUUAAUCCGGUUAAUCAUAUCGCAUAAUCAGAACCCCC